AUGUUGACAUGUCGAAAUGAUCUGGGAUCCGCAGUUCUAGAUGGCCACUUAUACGCAGCAGGUGGAGAAGACUGGUCACAUUGCGAAUUAAAAUCGGUUGAGAAAUACAAUCCCCUUACCAACGAGUGGACCGCAGUGGCUAAGAUGAACGAGGAGCGAUCUGGUGUGAGGCUUGCCGUUGCUAAUGGAAAGCUGUACGCUGUGGGUGGGGAUAAGACAUCCGAAAAGGAUUCUAUUGAAAUUUUCGAUCCUGAGAAAGAUCACUGGACAUUCCUUGGUUACCUUAAUGACAGACGACUUGGAGCAGGAGUUGGAGUCAUACGAAUACUAGCCUAA